CGCUCGCUGCCUGCCGUCCGCGCUCAGAUCUCGGACUGAAGCAUCUCUGAGCUCCGCUCAUUCAGCCGCUGAUGCUCCCACAGAGCGGAACGUUGCUGCUGCUGGACCGGGACCAGUGAGAGUUCGGAGGACACUGUUCUGUGGCUCGCAGAGAAGAUGGAGUGCUUUGAAAGGACUGAGUGAAAGUUUGGUUUGUGACCAUGGAGCUGAGCCGGUUAAAGGCGCCAGUCCCUACCGGCUGCCUCUGACGGGCAGCACCGCACCCGCUGAACCGUCUCUGCACACAAUCCGCAUCUUUCUGCCUGUGAUUGCGCACACUGUGCGCCGUCCUGUCACCGCCUGUCUCCGGCUGCAGUGCAGUCGGUGCAGUUGUUGCGCUCUUUCUUACUGUUCCUUCUCAGAUCUUUGCAGCUCCGCAGACUGCGGCAGGAACCGGACAAACAGAAGCUCCACAAGUUUCCACAAACACAGCUCUCCUCCUCAUGUCGUCUCUUUUCUUCUCUUCAUGAUGUUUGCCGGAUUCUGAGAGACAAACCCCAGUGAGGUGGUUAAACCUGUGGAGCGCUGACCCAUCAUGGGCACCGCGCUGUCUUUGUCACCGGGUGCUCGGAAACCCGGUUACUAUGACAACCACGCAGGUGUGCUCAGCCACUACCCGAGCCUCAGCAGCCGCUCCCUUAACAGUCAAAAGGACCGCGGCCUGAAGAGAGGCCAGUCCAUCUUCCUCCCGACGCUGACCUGGAAGCGGCUGGUGGCCUCCACCAAGAAGAAGGGGAACCCCAAGAAGGGGCCCGGAGGUGCCGGGGUCCUCGCUGAGUCCCUGAACAACAACAACAUCUACCAGAAGGACCAAGUGUUGCACCUGAACCGUGAGAAUGUGAAGAAGUCCCUGUCAUGUGCCAACCUUUCAAACUACGAAGGCCCUGCGGGACUGGGUCUGGGGCUCGGUUACGGACUGGGAAUGGGUCAGGGGCACGGAUACGGCUGCAGCAAAUCCCAGCAGCUGUCUUCAGUGAAGAAGGUCCCUCAGGGGACCUCUUCUCCAAAGCGCGUCAUCGUCCAAGCCUCCACCAGCGAGCUUCUGCGCUGCCUCGGGGAGUUCCUGUGCUGCCGCUGCUACCGGCUGAAGCACUUGUCUCCGGCCGAUCCGGUUCUGUGGCUGCGGGCCGUGGACCGCUCACUGCUGCUGCAGGGCUGGCAGGACCAGGCCUUCGUCACGCCUGCCAACGUGGUGUUUGUCUACAUGCUCUGCCGUGAUGUGGUGGACGGCGACCUAGUUGGGUCAGAGCACGAGCUGCAGGCCAUCCUGCUCACCUGCCUCUACCUGUCUUACUCCUACAUGGGCAACGAGAUCUCGUACCCAAUCAAGCCAUUCCUGGUGGAGGCGGGGAAGGAGGCCUUCUGGGACCGCUGCCUCGCCAUCAUCGAUGCCACCAGCUCCAAGAUGCUGCGCAUCAAUGCAGACCCGCACUUCUUCACCCAAAUCUUUGCUGAACUGAAGAGUGAAGGUGGCUGUGGGCCUCAGGACUACAGCCGGGUUUUGGAUCGAAUGUCUGGGACUCACAAUAAACGAGGAGCCGUUUGGUCCACCUGUCCCAUCCAAACACCUUUGGUCCCAACUGUCCCAGCUGCUUCUCUGCAUUUUAAACAUGUCAAAAAGUGGCCAAACAGCUUUACUCUGAGUGAUUUAGAAGGUCAGUCAGAAAAAAGGUUCAGAUGGAGAUAUGAUCUGUGAAAAGGGACUGAUGGGAGCAGCUGGAGGUCCAUGUGGUGUCCUGCAGGGAAGCGGGCGGAGCUUUCUGGAGUCAGUUUGCUCCUUAAAUCUGAAGAGAGCGGCGUUGGAGAUCUGUAUCGCUGGAGUGGAAGGCUGCCAGGGUCAUCAGCUGUUUACGCCACCCUUUGUUCCACCCCCCUACACACACACACACACACACACACACACACACACACACACACAGCCGUGGUAAUGAUAAGAUUUACAGAUUACUGCAGCCCCUCCCAGCUGUGAACCUUACUUCCUUCCUCGUCCUGUCGGCAGACUUGCAGAGCCUCAGCAGUUAAACCAGGCCAGAUCGGACCGAGCCAAGCACAUUGUAUGUCUCGUUCAGAUGUGGAGAUUCUACCAGCUUCCAGAGAACAUCCAUGCAGAGAUGACAGAUGAGCUCAGUUCUGGUUUGUUGCUGCAGCUUCUCUGUUUGUCCCAUCUUCUCAUCGCUCACCUGAACCGAGAAGCUUUCAGGGAUAUCAGAGGUCCAUUAGAGACGCAGCAAACAUGCAGUGCUUCGGAUUUUCUUUGGAGCUGGACCUUAAAAAACUCGACAGCUGAGCACAAGACGUAGGAAGCCACUAGGUGUCAGACUAGAGCAGCAGCUGAGUACCAAACCCAACAAAGAUUAACUCAUAAAUCCUGAUUUUACGUCCAAACCUUCUUUUAUCGACUCAAACUUUAAUUCUUUCUAUGUUGGAUUUUUUUAUAGAAGAGAAAGUGCUUUUCAGUUAAAGAUCGUGAGGCUCUUAUAGUCGGGGGCGUAGAGUAUGUUUGAAGUUUCAAAUUUUAUUUGGCGAGCAAAAUGAAAUUUUCUGAAGUAGAAGAAACAAACAGGCCUUAAUUCUGACCUGGAUGUUCUUAUGAGCGACCACCUUACAGGCAAAAAAUGAACUGAACAUUGAAGGCAUCAAUCAUUCAUCCAGUGGCUGAAAUUAGCCAGUUCCUCCAUCAGCUGUGACUGGUGAACUUUUAUGCAUAAAACCCUAAACUGCAAAUCACUUUUUGUUUCAGUUUUAGUAAAAAUUGGGACUUUUACACAAAAACUGGGAUUGUCUUUUAUCCUUCGUUUUCUGUUGGAUUCCAGAUGUUUACAUCUAUCAAGGAUCCAGCAGUUUUUUUUUAUUGUUUUAAUUGUUGAGUUGAAACAAAGUUAAAAUAUUAAUAGUUUUGUUUCAUGGUGCUUAGGCUGAAAAACCGGAAUCCGAGAGUUAGCCCUGAAGGAAAAUCCUGAAUCGGUUUCAGUUGGCAAAAUCUUGAUUGAUCCAUCUCAACUCAAGGGCUUGGACCUCCUUAGUUCUGGCUGGAGAACCGAUCCCAGUCAGACAGCAUGGUGAGAGGAAAACAUGUAAUCAUCAAAGCUAUUGGACAACAUUACAUUCACAUGAGCUUUAGCUUUAGCUUCUUGCUCACCAGAACCUCUGUUAGAUGGAUGCAUCUGGUGUCUGAAAAGUCCAUCCAACUGGCCUCAGAUAUGAUUAACAAGCAGAGUGUGAAUCAUUGGAUUUAAAUAUUUCAGCUUACAAAACUUUGCAUCCAAGCAGUUGUUCUUGAUGGCAGUUUAUGCACACUUUCAUAGUGCGGUGAGGAUUCUGAGUCGAUUAAUUGUGCAGCUCGGACAACGAGGUCCAGCCUCUCUGCUGUAAUUCCUCUCCAUCAAUCUAAUGAGUGAAAUGAAUGAAAAUCAGUUAGGAAACCAGAAAAGUUGGGCUCUAAGUUCAGUUUUAUGGUUUUGUUCUGUUUUUUCCUGCUAACUGGCAUCUGAACUGGCUCCCAGUCUGCCUGAGGGAUCUGUGAUGAUUCAUCGAUGAGUGUUAGUGUCUUUGUCUGCUGCCAUUUUCAGCUCGUUGUUGUUUUCCAGCUUUGACAAGGAGACUGGUGUCUUGCCUCCAACCCAGCCCCACCCAUGCUCAGCUGUUAUUUGAUUAGAUUUGACGCCCAGCACCCGGUAGCCAUUGUCAGGACGAGGAAGGGCAGAACGAGGCUGCAGGCUGCCAUCUCUGUCUGCUCCACCUCCUGCAGAACCUGCAGGCUGGUCCGAUCCUCUCCAGGUACAUACCCAGCACAGGGGUAGAGGUGCAGUUCUGAUCCAAUCACCUAGAUCGUGUUGAGGCUCCUCCGGUCAAUCCAACAAACAAAUUAACUUUCAUGUCAACUGGAACUCUAAUUCCACGUCAUCCAAUCAAAGCUCUCGAAUCCUGAGCUCCUGACUGCAAACAGACAGAACGGCCUCUGUGGAUGAUUGGAUCCUCGUGUUUCCGGGUUAAACUUGACAUUUUGACCACCCGGGACGUCUUUCACCCGGGUCGGAGUCUGGCUCUGGUUGGGAAAAAGAAUGUGACAGUAAAAAAGAAAUCUGUUUUCUGUCUGGCAACAAGAACCCUGACUGGGAACAUGGUGACAGAAUAAAGAGGUUCUGGACUUUAACAGAGCUGGUUGGGUGUUAGAGAUCCGUUCUGGGACCUAAUUCCUGCUUAUGCUGGUGUCUCCACAGCUCUGUGAGUUGUGUUGAUGCAGGUUGUUGGUGCUGCUGUAGAUCAGUGUGAAGUUUUAAUGGCACACCUUGGACUGAUGGUGUAAAUAUGAGGAGAGGAGGUGUUAGGGAUGAAUAAAAAUACAUUGAUAAUGUUGCUGUGGUAGAGUGCAUGCCUGCUGGGUAGCUUAGACCUUUUUUUACUUUCUUCUUCUGUCUGAAUUAUUUUUUUAUGUGACGUUUUAUGUCUACGUAACCUAAAACUGGAUCAACUGACUGGAUUUCUAACAAACAUAAUAGAUUAUUUACACAAAUUAUUUUGCCUUUAAUGAGACAUUUGUCUAAAUCAGCUGAGGAACAAAUAAAUCUGUUAGAGGGACACAUUUUAACUAGUUGCAUAGUUUGGAAACAGUAAAUAAAUUCAGUUUGAGUUGCACUGUGAAGGAUAAAUGUCACAUUAAGAGGGGAACUGCUUCCCUUUGCCUUUUAACGAGGAUGUUUAGAGUUUUAUUUCCACUGCAGAGAAACGUCAUCGUGAAUGUGCUAAAGUUUCUCAGUGUCUGAUCGCUGAGUGAAAUAUUAUCAUUUUGGUCUGUUUAGGAAUAAUAGAGGCACAGGAAUCUUGUUUACUUGAGUUUGGCUUGUGAAUUCCUCUGAGCUGCGGCACAUUUAUGAUUUCAAACCUUUUUAUUUCAGGCUACUUUUCUUGUGUCUCUUUGCCAAAUUGGAGGCUUGUCCUCCAGUGUAUCUGCAGGAAUCUUUUAGCCUCAGAGAAACGGAGACCACAUAGCGUCUCUCAUCAAUGCACCAGCUGCCAGCAACACAAAGCUGGUCAUUGUGCAGGCAGCGUUGGUCGCGGCAUAGCUCCAUCUCUGAUGCAACACAUCUCAUAGCUCCAUGACAACACCUCCUCUGUGCAGGGAGACUGAUAUACGAGUGUCCAGCCUCCACCUGAAGCCAGGUGUGUCUUUGUGAAAGUGAAAAUACUGCUGAUGGAAAAACUUGAAGAAAACUGUUUUGUUUUUCAUGUUUUUGUUUCCUUCUUUCAUGACAGUGUUGUUGCCUAUGUUGGUAAUUUAAUAAAGUGUUGAGCUCA